UUUAGCUCAUUUGAGAAGUCAUGUCUGGUCGUGGUAAAGGAGGCAAGGGUCUUGGAAAGGGGGGUGCCAAAAGGCAUCGUAAAGUUCUUCGUGAUAACAUCCAGGGUAUUACAAAACCCGCAAUCAGGCGUUUAGCUAGACGUGGCGGAGUCAAACGUAUUUCAGGUUUGAUUUACGAAGAGACUCGAGGUGUGCUCAAAGUUUUCUUGGAAAAUGUCAUUCGAGAUGCUGUCACUUACACCGAGCAUGCUAAAAGGAAAACUGUCACUGCUAUGGAUGUUGUGUAUGCACUAAAGAGGCAAGGACGUACCUUGUACGGUUUCGGAGGCGUGGCAGUGGCUGGAGUUGCAGGGGCAGCGGCUGUUUCCUCGGACAUCUUGACAGUCGAGAGUCUGAAACGUAAUAUAAAAAUAUUCUUAAUAACGAAACCGCCAAGAAUCCGCCCGCCCGCCUUUUCGCUUUUACGAUUGGUCGGUUUCGACUCGCUCACCCACCUUCCCCUUCUGUUUCGGAGCAUAUUUAAGCGAAGUCAUCUUUGUGCGCCCCAUUUUCUCACCCUCUCUCCCUCACCUGCCAUGCGACUGUUCAUCUGUCGAUAUUGCUGCAUUUCACCUUCAACCAUCACUGGAGACGUUACAGUCUAUGGAAAUUUAUGUCAAGCUAGGCCAUCUCUAUUUGCUAUGUUGGAGUCAGUCAUGGCACGUACCAAGCAGACCGCCCGUAAGAGUACUGGAGGUAAAGCCCCCAGGAAACAACUGGCUACUAAGGCCGCUCGUAAGAGCGCCCCAGCCACCGGAGGUGUUAAGAAGCCCCAUCGUUACAGGCCCGGAACUGUUGCUUUGAGAGAAAUCCGUCGUUAUCAAAAAUCCACUGAACUCUUGAUCCGAAAAUUGCCAUUCCAGCGUUUGGUUCGAGAAAUCGCUCAGGACUUCAAAACUGAUCUCCGAUUCCAGAGUUCUGCUGUUAUGGCUCUCCAGGAAGCUAGCGAAGCUUAUUUAGUAGGCUUGUUCGAAGACACUAACUUGUGCGCUAUCCACGCCAAGAGAGUAACUAUCAUGCCUAAGGACAUUCAGCUCGCUAGACGAAUUAGGGGUGAACUCAUGUCUGGUCGUGGUAAAGGAGGCAAGGGUCUUGGAAAGGGGGGUGCCAAAAGGCAUCGUAAAGUUCUUCGUGAUAACAUCCAGGGUAUUACAAAACCCGCAAUCAGGCGUUUAGCUAGACGUGGCGGAGUCAAACGUAUUUCAGGUUUGAUUUACGAAGAGACUCGAGGUGUGCUCAAAGUUUUCUUGGAAAAUGUCAUUCGAGAUGCUGUCACUUACACCGAGCAUGCUAAAAGGAAAACUGUCACUGCUAUGGAUGUUGUGUAUGCACUAAAGAGGCAAGGACGUACCUUGUACGGUUUCGGAGGUUAAGCGAAAGUUGGAAUCCCUUGCACUGAAA